AUGCCUCACUCACAUCGGGGUGAGGUUCCAGUUUAUACAUUCUUUUUCUUUUGAAUCUGAAAGGGGGAUCAACCUAAUUCCCGCCCCCCUUUAGGUUGAUCCGCUUUUCAAUACGGUAAUAAUAGUUUCUCUUGUUGAUCCUUUUUUCAGCCCCAACCCUCUGCUCAAUAUAUUGCAGUCCAAUGUGUUGCCUGCCAAGUGCGAUCCAACGACCGAUCAAGAACGCAUCUUUUAAAGUGACAAGAUCAGUGCUAACAAAACACUACUGGGUUGAUCCCGAAUUUCAAGGAACGUGUGGUGUGUACGCUGUUGAUACACUAGUUUUUAAAGAUCAUUACUCUGCCAAGAGCAUUACUUUACAUAACGCUACAUUUGCCAUCCAGGCCGUUGUGGGGCAGGUAAGAGAAUAUCAUCAUAUCUUUAAUUUACUUUAUCUCCUUAAUUUACUAUGGCACAUUUCAGGAUGAAUACGCUACAUACGCCAGACCAAGUAACCGCUUUGGUCUAAGACGCCGAAUAGAUAACCAGACACUAGCACAGAUAAUGCACAAGAAUGGGCUCAUAUCUAGACCGGUGGUAAUGUUACACUUCUUCGACUAUCCAGUCUUUGGUUGUAAGUUUUUGUUGCAAAAGUUACAGCUUCUGUAGCCAGGUUCUAUAACUAAAGUUUUUUUUAUUUUUCUAAUAAAAAAACGUUUUCUCCUGUAUAAUAUUAUAAUUAAAGCCUUGAAUUCUUCAUUAUGCGCUCCCUUCACUAUGAUAGACGUUUCGGAUGAACUGGAAUGGAUAUUCAAUGGUUCGUACUUGAGGUUUUUAAAGCUGGAGUAUCGUGAGCCAUUCAAAGUAAGAAGAAUUUUUUAUUUUAAAGUGCCGUACCGGGCUGGCACAUGCGGUCCCAAGAGCAAGGCCGCAAUAAUUGGUCCCGGCCCUUUACAUAUCUGCACACACUGCAACAUAAAACAAAAUAAAGACAUUUUUAGAUGGCCGUAACCGACGGCAACAUCAUGUCUAUAAGCCGGACACUUUUAAGCCAACUAAUUGAAAUAAGAUGUCUCACAUAUGAUUUUUCAUUCAAUUACAACGUAACUUGCGGCACUGCUGAUGGUAUGAAGGAAAAUGCGUAUAUUAAAAUUUCUUUAGAUGUUAACGUCUGGCAACUAAAGGACUAUAAUAUCCAGCUUAAAACUGAGGUAUUUCACGGCGGUAUGCCAAACAAUUCAAUUUCAAUAAGUCCGAUAGAACCAAAUCCGGACAACUAUGUGUGGCGAAUUAACAUGUAUGUAAGUCGUUUUCGUUAGUUCUACGAUGUUCCCAAAUUCAAAAGUUCCUGUUUCGGCCACAGCUCCGGCUCCGGGGGCUUCAGUACUAAAAUUCAACAUUUUCUGGCUAAAGCCGAAACUGCCCCAGAACAGGUAACGUUACUUUCACUUCGACUAGACCUUAAUCUCCCACAUUUUAGGUAA